CUAACACUUCACAGGUGACAGGCCACAUUCCACAUUCCACAACACAAACUUGAUCCUUCUAAUAGAAAUGUUUUUAUUGUGUUAUUAAAAAAACUUUAUAUUAAACAUCAGUAUUUUGUAUCUAAAAAUCCUUUUGUGGGUAUCACUACAUUCAGCUUUUUUACUUAAGGCCAAGUCAGUUUAAAUCAUAAUUGUGAAAUUUCAAAAUCAGAUAUGGAAGAGAGCAACAUACCCAUUGAUAUAAAUAUCGGCAAACUUCAAGAUUGGCUUAUAAGCCGUCGUCAUGUAAAUAAAGAUUGGCAAAAAAAUAUAUUAGCAGUGAGGGAAAAAAUUAAUAAUGCCAUACAAGACAUGCCAAAACACGAUGAUAUUGCUGCUCUACUAUCAGGAAGCUAUAUAAACUAUUUUCACUGCCUAAAAAUAAUUGAGAUAUUAAAAGAAACUGAAGCAGACACUAAAAAUCUUUUUGGAAGAUAUGGUUCACAAAGAAUGAAAGAUUGGGUGGAUGUUGUGAAGUGUUAUGAGAAGGACAACUUGUAUUUAGCUGAAGCAGCUCAAAUACUUGCUAGAAAUAUUAGCUAUGAAAUACCUGGCUUGAAGAAACAAAUAGCAAAAGAGGAACAAGCUCAACUUGACUGUGAAAAAAAACACACUGAUUAUCUGAAGAGUGAAGCAUCAACGAAAAGUGAAUUUCUUAAUCUGUGUAAGCAGCUUGGCAUCAAAGGUGACAAGAUAAAGCGAGAAUUAGUUGAGAGGCUUCAGGAAUUAUCUGCGAUAUAUGAUAAGAUUGGAGGGUCACUGAAACCAUUAAGACCAAGUAUAGAAUUGUACACAGCAUUUUCAAAAUACAUCCUUGGUGAUCAGGCUACAGAAGUACUGCCACUGCUGCAACAUGUGAUAGAAAAUGGUAACACAACAGUAUAUGAAUGGACAUAUGGUGAAGCACCACUGCAGAUUGAAGAGGACCCUGUGCAUAUUGAUGUUGAUGAUGAGCAGGGUGCAGGAGAUCAGAUUGAUUUUGGUGAUCACAUUGAUUUUGGGACCUUGGAUACUCCGGCUGAAAUAGAUUUCGGUGACGGAGAUGCAGCUGAGAUAGACUGGGGCAAUUUGAAUGCAACAGCUGAUGUUAAUGUGAGUGGCGAGAUCUCGGGGGUGUCUUUGGAGGAGUCUGGUAUCGUGGUGGAGGCACAGGGCGUGGCCGGAGGAGUUGCUCGCGGGAGGGAAGCUCUGCGCCUACUGGACCACCCCGCCACCAGGAACCAGAUCAUAGAUCAACUUGUCGAGCUAGAAUCAUUCCUGAAGAUGCGACUCCACGAGACGAACGUUUCCAACGAGAGCUCGAGCUUCUCGUUGAUACAACAACUGCCGACGGAGAGCGUCGCUGCUCUGGCGGCCAUGUUGGACUCCGUACACGUGGCGACCUCCUCGCUGUUAGCGCCGGAAAUAACUCACUUGCACAACGUUAAACAUUCCCCUAAAUACGUGGACGUGUUGAGCGGCCAGCUACAACAGAAGCUGGCCGUGUGUGACAAACUGUCGCGCCUGGCCGCGCGCGAGCGGGACAGAGCUAUCGGCGCGAGCGAGACGGCCACGGAGCUGCGGCCCCUGCUAGCGAGGAUCAUUGAACGAACUAAGGAGUUGCAGGCCAAUAUUGAAAUGGAAAUCUCUAAAAAGUACAAAGGGCGUCCUGUCAACAUAAUCGGCGGUGUUAAAUUCCUGUAACUGUCUCAAAUUAUAUGAUGUUGUUGACCGAAAAUAUAUAUUUUUACGUUUC